AUGUCAAAAUCAAUAAAAGUAUCGAGUAUCUCUUCAUUAGCUUCAUGGGCUACUAAGCCCUCUCCUAUGUUAAGAUAUUUCCAAAUUUGCUUAUCUGUGGCUAACUUAAUAUUAGCACUUUUUGCUGUUAACACAUGUUACUCAGUGGAUCCAAUCCUUAGAUUGAGCGUAGCUGUUUCAAUCAUAUCUUUGGUCUACUUUGUGGUAAUGAAUUUCUUACACGUUUUGUUAAAUUUUGGUAUGGAAAUUUCUUUGACUAUCCUAUGGUUCGCUGCUUUCGUAACUUUGGUUUCUGAUUUUGGUUUUACCUCAUGCUCAAGUAUGCCAGGAAGUAUAAACUAUUACUAUCUAGGUCCUUGUAAUCCUGGUUCUCCCUCAUGCCCAAAUAUGCCACGCGGUAUAAACUUUGACUAUUCAGGUUCCUGUAAGAUUGCUAAGAUUGUCAUUUUCAUUGAAGCCAUCAUAUUUAUACUAUCCCUAGCAUCUACUUAUGUUUCAUAUUCCAUGGUCCUUUCUGAAUGUAGGGAACAUGGGUUAAGCACCAGAUCUAUUUUUAAGGCUGGUGUGAAAGCGUUACGGAAUAUUGUACAACGGUUGGAGGCUAGCCUCGAGGAAAGUGAAUCUCUUCUGGAUCUCGAAGCUGGGCAAAAUGAAAAAGAUGAAACAGAGGCCAUUGAAAAUUCGGUUGCUAGUGAGGAUAAUUCUCACAUCGAAUCUGAAAAUGCGACCAAUAACACAAUUGAAGCUUCUGAAUGCUAA